UAGACAUCUAUAACACAGUGCGCGGAUAAAUUGAAUAAUCCAUUUUUAAAUUAAAUACAUAUAUACUGGUCGAGUACAGUAAUUGUCAACUGCACAAUCUGCUAUUUUUAAGUGGAUUUGAUCAUUAAUAUGACGACGUCAUCAGAUGAGGUUUCCUCCUCCUCUGCAAAGAAGGCAAAAUAUUCAUGGGAGAUUAUGUCUCAGGUACCCAAGGUUGAUGACCUCCCACCGAAGUACAAAGACCGGACAAUUGUUGUGAGGAAAGAAAGAAAGGACUGGAGCUCAGUAGGCAAGGUUGUCAACAUGGGAAAGAGAGAGAGCCAUACGGAUAUAUCAGACGGUGGUGUUGUAAAAAUAAGGAAGACAUUCUAUUCUCUUGGCCGUCCAGAAGAACAAGGGGAGGAGUUCGACUCCCCUGAUUUAGACAAGUGUACUCCAGAAGGUUAUUCAGAGAAGGUGGUGGAGCCAUUAAGUAAAGACGAGAAGGAGGAGGCGAUCAGGCAGAUCAAGGCGGCCAAAGAUGGAAUAAAAGUGCAGGGGACAAAUUACCAUCUUGUUUGGCGAAAAAUUGCUGGCUAUGAGAGGCUAGUUUUGGAUGUAAAGGCGAAUGACAAUGCCGGAGGGAGGGUCAUUUGCAUGUCUGAUGACUGUUUCAGAUAUCUUGGGACGUCGGGAGCGGUCCCAUUUUGUCACGCUCAUAGGAGCACGUGGGAAUACGUCGUAUCGGAGUAUGAGGACAAAGGAAGCAUAAUUCCAACAUUUUUUCACGCCAUAACCCCCUUUACAUACGAAAAUGAGGAGAAGAAGGCUGAACGAGCUACAACGGCUUUGAAUAUCGCAAAUGGUCGUGGUGGAGGUGGGAAAACUCCCUGGGAUUUGUACAUUAAAGAAUUCACUAAUAUCAAUCUACCUCCCCCAACUUCUACUGAAAUUCCUGGGCAAAGACGAUACUUUGCAACAGAAAAACAGGCUAAUAAAGUUUAUGCAGCUAGACAGUUUGUCAUACUUCUGCGGAAACUAGUCCCAGCCACAUCAACGUUUCGAUAUUUGAAUAGGAAUAUAGCGUUGCCAAAUGGAGCAGAGAAAGAAGUAUUAGAAGAGAUGAAAAAUUGGGGAAUGCAGCUCGGUAUCUCCAAAUACUUGGGCCGUGAGUACAGGGCCUCCCUCCCAUACCCCUUUGGUAAAGAACGAGAAGGACAAGAAGUUGCCUCCUCAAUGGUGGUGGCCAAACAACGUGGGGUACUCUACGUCGUAUCCAACCCCCACAUCAACUAUUUUGGGAAGACCUUGACUGGUACUGGUCUCCAUCUGGCCACCUCGUCCUUGGAUACUGUGACUCAGUACAGUUUGAUGGAAGGUCACCUGCCCUGGGAACUGAUUCCUUUGUCCUCUUGUCAUGUGGAUGAUUUGGAGGCCAACGAAGCUCAUCUCCACCUUGCCAACUCUUUCGCCGACCUUCUUCGUCUGCAUCAACAAUUUGUCUCAGAUCCUGGUUACACUUCUCCAGAUGGAUCCACUCCUUAUGACGCCUUUCCUAUUUGUCUCAACAAAUUCACUAAUGCCAAGUUCUUUGAUGAAACUUCUUUAUCAAAAAUUAAUCUAUUUAUGCUAAAGCAUUAUGGAGUUGAGAUCUACGUUGGUCCAACUCAUUAAUUUGUAACCUAACGUGUCAUUUUUAUUAUUGUAAAUGUUAAUAAACUGGAUGAAUUGUUCCCUGAUAAAAUCCUGGAAA